AUGCUGCUCAAUCAGACCCCCCGCGCAAGUCUGCGCAUCGCCUCUUCCUCGACGCAACAAGUCCGCCAUGCAUCAUUGAUGCGCCGCCCCAAGCGACCAUACACCUUCACCCAGCUCGUCACUCUGUCUGACGGCAGCACCUUCGUCCAGCGCACCACCAGCCCGCAGCCCGUCUACCGCAGCACAAAGGAUGUCCGCAACAACCCACUCUGGAACCCCAGCAGUCAGAAGCUGUUGAACAUCGAAGAGGACGAGGCUGGUCGUUUGAAGAGAUUCAGAGGUCGUUUCGGUCGUGGUUGGGAUGCUGAGGCCGUUGCUGGUUCUGAGGAGGCAAGAGAUGGCGAGGAAGCUCUCGCUCCCGAACAAGCAGAAGACUCUCUGCUCGACCUCAUCUCCAACUACGGCAACGAAGCAGAGGCCGAAGGCAAGGCUGCUGGCAAGAAGGAGGAGGCCAAGUCAAGCGGCAAGGGCAAGGGUGGCCAAAAGUAA